AUGGACACCAAAGAUUUCGAUGUGAUCCGCAUUGCAAGAAGCGAUGGAGCAGACACCGGGCCAGGAUAUUGGCCGGUGACAACACCAGCGCCAGCUACCAACGCUACGAAGAAGCCAGGCAAGGAAGCUGCUGCUGCAGAUAAAACUCCGCGAACAAAGCCACAGAUGACGAGGUUGACCGAAGACGACCCAAGAUUUGUAGAGUGGCGGAUAAAGCUGGGGAUUCUGUUGAAACAGGAGCUAUCCCCCAAUCCAGAUGAGGGAAACCCGUGGUACGUGAACUUUCCACGAGGAUACUGGCUAUAUGAGAAAUCCAAGCAUCUUUGGGUUUCUGGAUACCCUACCAAGUCAAAGCUAUUCAAAAGCCCACAGGAAUUCGGCGUCCACUUGAUAUGGCUGCUAUCGGCAUCCAAAGACUACGGCGAUUGCUGCUGUGUUCAUUGCAACAUACCCGCUCCUUCAAAGGCUUCAUAUGCUCCGGAAGAGCAAGCGGCCCAAGCGAUCAGCCAGACGAGGGCCGACAAAUCUGAGAGGCCGGUCAAGGUGACGCCUGUUCCGUUGCCCCCCAUCCCCGGUCAAGCAUCCCACAGACCGCCCAAUAUCAUGCCUCAUCCCCAAGGAGCACAGCAGCCUCUGCAGCCGGCACAGCAAAAACCCAUCCAGCAGACUCCUGUACCAAUACCCACGCCUAUUCAACCGCGAGAGCCGAUACAGUCGGCUCAACCCACCCAGGUUUUACAACCGACGUCAUCCCAGCCACCUCCCUUGGCUGUCACCAAUCCUUCAGCUCAGCAACCAAAACCUCAGGCUAUCCAAUGGUCACUUAAAGGCUCAUUGCUUUUCCGGGCUGGAGAGCUGGUAUGGUAUCAGACAGGCAAUACCUGGCGCCUUGGGAUUAUUUCUACGCCCCCCAACAACACCCCUAAUGGGAUGGUGUUUGAUUUACUACCCUUGGGCCACGCCACGGUGCCUCAGGUCAAUGUCUCCAAGAUUGAGGCCGACCUGCGGCCUUUCUACUGUUAUAGUGUACCCUCUGUUGACAUUGCAGAGCUCAAAGACAAGAUAUUCGAUGAGAUUCCUUGGGAAAACUUGUUUCAAUCUGCUGGAAACAACUCUGUUCGUCGAGACCUUCUCAAUCUGGAUGCCUCCAAGAUGGCCGCGUCAAAAGUCGACUUUUCCCAUUCCCUCUGGACUCGCCGUGGCGACGAUCCCACCGGCAAGGCCGUGUCAUAUUUCGGAUGCUUCUUCGGUGCCGAGCGUCUGGAAAUCGGCGACACGGUGCGGGUGAAAAUGGCAGGGGCAGAGGCCAACUCCAGCCUGACCACGGUGAUGGGCUUGCUGCACAUCUUCACUAGUGCAGACUAUCCUGGCUCAGUCUUCUUCCGCGGACCAAUCUACCAGCUGGCCAAGGGGCCCGGCGUGGCUGGCACCGUCAUCGACGAUGAGAAGGACAAGCUCCCGCUCGCCAUGCAAGACGAGAUCCGGUGGCGCACCCAGGUCACGCAGGGCCGGCAGUGGUGCUGGGUUCUCGUCAAGGACAACGUGGUGUUCAAGGAACAGUCUAUUCGAGGUCGCUUUUACCCGACCCAUCGGCUGAUGCCGAUUUACAAUCCUAAUGAGUUUAGGGCCCUGGUGGCCGGGCAGCAGCCGUUGAGAGAUCAGCAUAUUUACUUGAACAACCGAAUGGACGGUGCUGGAGGGAGGCAUAUUGGGCGCAAGGCGAAUCGGAUGGAUACGUUGGGACCGUGCGUUCCACCAACAGCAAGAGUAGUGCUUGAACCACAUAUCUUGGAGGAGUAG